GAAAAAAAGUCUCACGACAACGAGAUUACCCAAGGCUCUCACCUUGUCAUCUCUGCAAGGAAAAGUCAAGAGGGCUCCCGAGGCCGUGACGAAUAUCUCAAGGCCGCCGCCCACCGCUGCUGCCCCGCGAUUGCAGAUAAAAGUCCAGCCUUCCCCGAAUACCAAAAAUUUCAUCUCUAUCAACAAUCACAACCCAACUUUGCACCACACGCAAAAGCGAACGAAUCCUUCGAAAGAGGAUAGAACUCACUUCUCUUACAAUUUGCAAAGAUCUUUAACCUCCAUCCAACUGUUUUAAAGUCAAGUUGAAACAUCAUAGAUAGCACCGCAAUCAUGGCUGUACGAGCACAAUUCGAGAACUCGAACGAGGUCGGCGUCUUCUCGACCCUUACCAACAGUUUUGCACUUGUCGCCAUUGGCGCGAGUGAGAACUUCUACAGCAUCUUCGAGGCCGAGCUGCAAGACGUCAUACCCAUCGUCAGAACCACAAUCGCCGGCACCCGCAUCGUGGGACGGUUAACAACUGGCAAUCGCAACGGCCUCCUUGUCCCCACAAGCACAACAGACCAAGAACUCCAGCACCUGCGCAACUCCCUCCCAGACUCGGUCAAGAUUCAGCGGAUAGAAGAGCGCUUGUCGGCGCUGGGCAACGUGAUCGUGGCGAACGACCACAUUGCCCUGAUACAUCCAGACCUGGAGCGCGAGACGGAGGAGAUCAUCGCGGACGUGCUCGGAGUGGAGGUGUUCCGGCAGACGGUGGCGGACAACGUGCUCGUGGGCAGCUACAUGGCACUGUCAAACCAGGGCGGCCUCGUGCACCCCAAGACGAGCAUAUCCGACCAGGAUGAGCUUUCAAGCCUGCUGCAGGUGCCGCUGGUGGCCGGGUCCGUAAACAGGGGCAGCUCAGUGGUUGGUGGCGGGAUGGUGGUGAACGACUGGAUGGCGGUUACGGGUUUGGACACCACGGCGACGGAGCUGAGUGUCAUCGAGAGCGUCUUCAGGUUGGGCGAGGGCGCGGCGCCGGGCAACAUCAACACCAGCAUGAAGGAGACCAUGGUAGAGUCGUUCUACUGAGCCUAGAACAGGAGGCUGAAGGUUUAAUGAACGUCUCUGGGACGACGGGAUCAGGCUGGCGACUUCUUCUUUCUCGUUCUUGGCUGAUGAGUGCCAGGAGUUAUCAGCGGAUACAUGAACAUUUCGCUUCGAGAGGCAGGCCUGAAACAGUGUUUGAUGGCUUUAGCUUCACAAAAAAAGAUGAUGCUCGCCUCCCAAAACAUGAUCAGUCCGCGAUCCACACGUCGACAAUUUUGUCUCUGGGCUAUGGUCAUCGUCUUAGAGAGGAUCGCAGGCCAAGCUCGGUCGUGGGAUGAAGUUGAGUCUCCGAAACCUACUAUGUAUUAUGAGGCCACCUCAAGCCACAAAUCGUCUAGAUAAAAAAAACCAACCUAUCAUGCUUUGCAAUUUUUGAGUC